CUCAUUUCGCCUCGUCUCUCUCUAUUCUUUCUUUUUCAUUGAUCUGCAAUUCUUGUCAAGGUUUCUAUGGUUAAGUCUAAUUUCCCAGAAAUUGAGAUAGUUGAUGCUAAUUCCACAACCCCAUUGGACCUUUUUAUUCCCAUUUUUUGGUAAUGGUAUGAAAUUUUGUUACAUUGGCCACCUUCUUUGGAUCCAAUAGAUGCACAUGCAAGGCUCAUGGAAAUUCUUAUUUGAGCUUUCAAGCUUUGGAAUAUAUUAUCCAUUUUUUUUUCUCUUUUCAUUUUCAAAUUUUCACCAACAUUAUUAGAAAUUUUGAUGAGAGGACUAAGUAAAAAGCAUACCUAUCUAUGGAGAUUUUGAUGCAGAUGUUAUCGCUUGAGCUUUGUCUUUGGCGAUUUCCUUACAAAUUUUCUCAGAUGGAAUGGCAGAUCCUGCUAGUUAUGGGAGUCUUGAGCGUGAUAUUGAACAAGCACUCAUUGCCAUAAAAAAAGGGACUCAGUUAAUAAAAUACAGUCGAAAAACCAAGCCAAAAGUUUGCCCAUUCAGACUUUCUCUGGAUGAAACAACACUAAUUUGGAUUUCUCACAAGAAGGAAAGGAAUUUGAAAUUAUCUUCAGUUUCACGUAUUAUCCCUGGACAAAGAACUGUUGUCUUUCGAAGAUAUUUACAGCCAGAAAAAGAUUAUCUAUCAUUUUCACUUGUUUAUAAUAACGGGGAGCGAACACUUGAUUUGAUAUGCAAGGACCAAGAUGAGGCAGAGGUAUGGUUUACAGGCCUUAAGACAUUAAUUUCUACUGGAAAGCUUAGGCGCAUUGGAAGUGAAUUAUUUAAUGAUGGUGCUGAUUUUAUUCCAAACGGUGGUCCUUUUGGUGCAGCACUAGAAUUUGCUAUAAGCAUUUCUCAUAACAAGAAGGUCUCUUUUGAUUUUGCUUCUCGUGAGCCUUCAUUGAAUUUGGCAACCACAGAUGUGGGGUUAGAGCGACGUGCUAAUAACAUGCAACCAAGAACAAGCAUUGGAGAUGGUUUUCGUGUCAGCGUGUCGAGUACACCGAGUGUUUUGAGUACAGGGUCAGGACCAGAUGACAUAGAAUCACUUGGUGAUGUUUAUAUAUGGGGAGAGGUUUGGGCAAGUGGGGUUUCACCUGAUGGAUUUUCCACACAAGCCCCUUCCACAACAGAUGUGUUGAUUCCUAAGCCAUUGGAGUCAAGUGUUGUUCUUGAUGUUCAACAGAUUGCAUCUGGUGUGAGGCACAUUGCUUUGGUAACAAGGCAAGGGGAGGUUUUUACUUGGGGAGAAGAAUGUGGGGGAAGACUUGGCCAUGGAAUUGAUAGAGAUUUCGGUCGCCCUCAACUUGUUGAGUUUUUGGCAGUUACUAGUAUGGAUUUUGUUGCAUGUGGAGAGAAUCAUACAUGUGCUGUUUCUACAUAUGAUGAUAUUUUCUCAUGGGGUGAUGGUACAUACAAUGUUGGACUUCUUGGUCAUGGAACUGAUGUUAGCCAUUGGAUACCAAAAAGAAUUAGUACCGGUCCUUUAGAAGGGCUUCAAGUUAUAUCCAUUGCAUGUGGCACAUGGCAUUCAGCACUAGCAACUUCUAAUGGAAAACUUUUUACCUUUGGUGAUGGAACAUUUGGAGUUUUAGGCCAUGGAAACAGAGAAAGUAUUCCAUAUCCAAAGGAGGUGAAAUUUUUAAAUGGAUCGAAAACCAUUAAGGUUGCAUGUGGAGUGUGGCACACGGCAGCUAUUGUAGAGGUUACUUUUCAAUCCAAUUCAAACGUUUCAUCCAGGAAGCUUUUCACUUGGGGAGAUGGCGACAAAUAUCGUUUAGGACAUGGGAACAAGGGAACAUACCUUCAACCAACUUGUGUCUCUGCACUUAUUAAAUAUAAUUUCCACCAGAUAGCAUGUGGACACACCAUGACUGUUGCCCUCACUACAUCUGGUCACGUCUUUACUAUGGGAAGCAAUGAAAAUGGUCAACUAGGAAACCGUUUGGCUGAUGAAAAAGUACCUAUCCUAGUGCAAGACAAGUUGGUGGGUGAAUUUGUUGAGGAAAUAGCAUGUGGUUCUCAUCAUGUUGCUGCCUUGACAUCAAGAAGUGAACUAUAUACAUGGGGGAAAGGUGCCAAUGGGAGAUUGGGACAUGGAGACAUAGAGGAUAGAAAAUCCCCAACAUUAGUAGAAUCCUUAAGAGAUAGGCAUGUAAAGAAUAUCUCUUGUGGCUCAAACUUUACAUCUUGCAUAUGCAUUCAUAAAUGGGUCUCUGGAGUUGACCAAUCUGUUUGCACUGGUUGUAGACAACCAUUUGGUUUCACUAGAAAGAGGCAUAAUUGCUACAAUUGUGGAUUAGUGCAUUGCCAUGGUUGUAGUUCAAAAAAGGUUUUGAAAGCAUCAUUGGCUCCAACACCGGGAAAACCUCAUCGCGUGUGUGACUCUUGUUAUAAUAAGCUUAAAGCUGUUGAGGCAUGUGCUAGUUCUAAUCUUCAUAGGAAAAUGACCACAACACCUCGCUAUUCCAUAGAUGGUAGGGAAAGAUUUGGUCAAGGAGAAGUAAAGUCUUCAAGACUUAUUUUGCCUCCUAUCACAGAACCAAUGAAAUUUCAUCAGAUAAUGGCUAAUAAGAUGGGAAACAAACAUGAUUAUUCUUCCAUGUCUCCAACUUCCCAAGUUCCAUCACUUUUGCAAUUGAAUGAUAUUGCAUUUGGUAACUCAAUAAGUUCAACUCAAAAUGUUUUGAAGUCUGCUAUAGCUCCUAGUCCAACACCAACUCCACCUGUCAACCAAAGACCAGCAUCUCCUUAUUCAAGAAGGGCAAGCCCUCCACGUUCUAGAGCUUCAGGAUUUUCUAGAAGUCUUGUUGAUAGUUUGAGGAAGACAAAUGAACUUUUGAAUCAAGAAGUUUCAAAAAUGCAAAAUCAGAUUCGAAGUUCGAAGCUAAGAAAUGACAUGGAAAUUCAAAAGCUCCAAAAAACUAUCACCGAAGCUACCUCCUUUGCUGUAGAGGAAUCCUCUAAGCAUAAAGCCAUGAAAGAAUUUUUUGAGUCUACGGUGGAUCAGAUGAAGGAAAUGAUUGAGAAGUUGCCUCCAGAUGUUUUAGAUAGUGAAAAUUGGAAAAUCAUGCUUACUCGAGCUGAGGAUUUUCUAAAAGAAAAAUCAGAAUUUGAAACACCAUCAAAUGUGAAGUCUCAACAACAACAUGAACUUAAUACACCUAACUCAUAUAGUAGCUCUUCUAAAUUGCAAGAACAUGGAAUAGAAGAAAAUAAUGAAACGGUAGGAGUUGACCCAUCAUCACAAGAUGAAGGAAACGUUCAAGUAAGCAAUAGCUCAUCUUUAUCAAACAAUGAAGCAUCAAUGCCUUCACAAAAUGAUUCAAAAUCACAACACUCUUCAAGGCCUGGCAAAGAAGGAGAAAUGCAGGUCAUGGAACAAUUUGAACCUGGGGUACAUGUGACACUAAUAGUAAAGCCUGGUGGUGUCAGAAUUUUCAAACGAGUCAAAUUCAGUAAACGAAGGUUCCAUGAACAUCAAGCAGAAGAAUGGUGGAGCAAAAAUAAAGAUAGAGUGCUUAGGAAAUAUAGUACUCCUCAAGCUACAAAUUUUGAAGGUAUUAGGUCAUCUAACACUCUACCACCACCACCUACAGAAGAAAAUAUUGAGACAAUGUCUUCCUAAACAUGAACCGUGUUUACUUAGGCAUCAUCUUAGUUUGAUGAAAUGAAAUGAUAUAUUAUAGAAAACAUCAUUAAUCUUUUAAGUGUAGCAAAAUAUGUAUCUAGGUAUAUUAAUUUAAGAGUUUUGUAGAUUAUCAAAUUUAUGUAAAUGAU